UGAGGGGUUUUGAGGAAGAAAGGAAUGAGAAGGGGGAGGGGCUGUCGGAGCUGUCUCUGGCACAUACAGGCACGCACACGUUCUCACAGAAACACCCAAGUUCUCCAUUAUGCCAGGUCCAGCCUUGACUGCUCUCCGGAGCGGCUGCCCUGGGAUUCUGUCCGUAGCCCUCCUGUCUGGCCCUGUCUGGCUGCUUCAUCCCUCCUCUCCCUCCUAGAGCCCACCUGCUGUCAUUUCAUGCCCUGCCAAGGAGGAGGGAAUUGCAGUGACAGCAGGAGUCAGAGACAGGACAGUCGUGGGGCAGAGAGGUAUGGGGAGGGAGAUGCUGGGACCAGGUGACAGUGAGACCCUGACGGAGGGCUGAGGAGCAGGGUGAGGGGUGGAGAGGGUCUGGCGGGGAGCAGAAACUGAAAGGAACAGAAAGAAGGAGAAGCAGACAGCAGGACUGUGGGUCAGAGAGCCGGUGAACCAUGCUGGGAGCAAAGCCACACUGGCCACAAGGUCUCCCACCCAGCCACCCGCUGCCCUUGGCCCUAAUGCUUCUGGCCCUGGGGACUGGGUGGGCCCAAGAGGGAGCAGACCCUGUCCUCCUGGAGGGGGAGUGCCUGGUAGUCUGCGAACCAGGCCGAGCUGCUGCAGGGGGACCUGGGGGAGCAGCCCUGGGAGAGGCACCUCCUGGAAGAGUGGCAUUUGCUGCAGUCCGAAGCCACCACCAUGAGCCAGCAGGGGAGAUCAGCAAUGGCACCAGUGGGGCCAUCUACUUCGAUCAGGUCCUGGUGAACGAGGGUGGUGGCUUUGACCGGGCCUCAGGCUCCUUCGUGGCCCCUGUCCGGGGUGUCUACAGCUUCCGAUUCCAUGUGGUGAAGGUAUACAACCGCCAAACUGUCCAGGUAAGCCUGAUGCUGAACACAUGGCCUGUCAUCUCAGCCUUUGCCAACGACCCUGAUGUGACCCGGGAGGCAGCCACUAGCUCUGUGUUACUCCCACUGGACCCUGGGGACAGGGUGUCCCUGCGCCUGCGUCGGGGGAACCUCCUGGGUGGCUGGAAGUAUUCAAGCUUCUCUGGCUUCCUCAUCUUCCCUCUCUGAGGGCUCAAGCCUUUCAGGGAUAGGAAUAUAGGUCCUGCCCUCUCUUGUCCCAGAAGCAGCAUCUUUGGGGUAGGAGAGACUCCCUCUAGCUGUCUGUAUUCCACUGCCUUGCAUGGGACCCUGUGCCAAAUACCCAAAGAGAAGGUAGAGCUGCAGUGUCUGGGGAUCUGGCCCCUCUGACCUGCCCCUGACCCCAAUUGCCCUCCCAGCCUCCCACUCAUCUCUUCAUGCCUGCAGCCCUAGGGUCAGGGCAGGGCUCGGCAGGUAGGAAGGCCUGUGCUACUUUGCAGACUCUGCUCCUUCUGUUCCCCUGCCCCCAGCUUCCUGCUCAGUGCUAUUUGGGGACAAGUGAACCUGACAGGCCCCCACAGGUGCCCAGAUGGACCAGCCUCAGCAUACCCUGCAUGCUCCUUCCUGUGAGGAGUGCCAGCAUCAUGGAUCUGGGCCAGCACAGUCAGAGCUUAGCCAGAACCAUAUGGGCUAGGGCGGGAGGAUCAGCCACCAGGAGUGUGGAGAGGGCCACAGAGCAGCCUGGCCCCUGUGACUGGUGGGGCAGGAAGGGGGCCUGUGCCCAGCCUGAACAUGGAUGGUACACAUUUUUCAUGUGCAUUAGGACAGCCAGUAAGCAGGGAACCCAAGCGUCCAUCUGCCAGGUCCCAUAUGAACUCUGGCCCUCAUCUCCUCACCCAAGACAUAAGGUGUGUGUGUUUGCUCUGAGCCAAGAGCAGGUGUACCAAGCUUUCUCAGAUAGCUGGAGGUACGGGUAGAAGGUCACACGUGGGCAAGUAUAGAUCUCCAGGUAUGGAACACACCAGUGACUGUGGUCACGUCCCAGAACCGCUCCACCCUUGUAGUCUGAACUUCAGUAACUCCACACCCUGACAACCACCUCCUUCCUCCCAGCUCUCAGAACGUACGCUGUACCUGUUCCAGACUAUCCCACAACCUCCUUCUUCUCCCGAUUUAUACUGUCUUAUCCUCCUUCUUAAACUUCCUACUACCUUGGAUUCCAUGAUUCAAGCCCCUCUUCUUCAGCCACUCUCCUGCCACGAUUAUAAACUUAGAUUGCUGUCCCAUUGGCCCAGCAUGGAUGAAUCUAUCAAUAAAGCAACUAGAGAAUGACGGUCAAUGAGAAACUGUAGGAUCACUAGAGAGAGAAGGUGCCAUUACAAUUUGGAUCAGGGGUUAUAGGACACAAGCAGGUAUACUGUAGAGAAAAUAAAUCUAAAACUGCUUAUUAAAGUCAAAUAAAAAGGGGGGUUAAUAAUGCUUGAAUUAAAUAGAAAAUACCAAUCUGAAUUUGUGGUUUUUUACAAGAAAUAACUUCUUCAAACUUUCUCACUAUAGUAGCAUAGAAACAACAUCAGGCAAAAUCUGACAUAUAUUCUUAACACCUGGAUCUUUGCCUCAGCUAUUAUUCACCUUUAAACAAACUCAGAGUUCCUUGGAGAAUAGCUCCAUGUCUUAAAUAACUCUAGGCCUGGAGCAUGUUGUUGAUGACAGAAAGUAAGGAAACUUCUCAAAAUGUUAGAGUAGAGCUGAAAAAGCAAAGGAACCAAUUUUUAAAAGUCUUCCAACCUGACAUGUGGUGACAAUUUGAUCAUCAGAAGGAAAAUGAUAUAGUUAAUUAGAGCAAGGUGAACUUUUAAAGUGCAUGACUUCGUAGUGAUACUCAAAAAGGAAAAAGUCUCUAUAAAAUGUGGGAAAAGGUGGUUAAUAUGCUGAGUGAAGAAUAAAUAUAAUAAGAUUUUUUGGUUAAUUUUGGUAAGUAGAAGAGUAUAAAUACAGCAAGUAUUUUAUUUAUUCAUAAGGUAAAUUUCUUUUUCUUAAUCUGUAUAAGAAGCCAUGAGUGAUAUUCCAGAAAAAAUUGGAACUGUACCAAGAAUGAAAGAGACUGAUUGGUGCCAUCUGGAUAUACAUUACAACUAGGGAGAAAGAGUCCAACAGUGUGCUACAAAAUGAUGAAUCAGUCAAACAUCCAAAAGAUAACUGCUCACUGCUCAAACUUAAUCCUUCAUCUCUUGGGAAAGGGAACCUCUCUGUCAUCAUACUAACUAUAAUGAGAUUACAGUAAGAGUAAAGCCCAAAAUAAUAGUAACUUAAAUAAAAUCGAAAGUUAUUUGUGUCUCACGUAGAAAAAUUUUCAAAUAGAGUCCAGGGAUGGAUGGCAGUUUUACGAUCAUAACAGCCCAGUUUUCCUUCUUGCUAUUCUACUGUCUUUAACAUGUCACCUCAUAACCCAAGAUGGCUUCUUGAGUUCCAGUCAUUACAUCAGGCUUACAGCCCCAGUGAGGAGGAAGAAAGGGCACCCCCCUUUGCUUAAAAGAAGCUUUCUGAGAAGUACAGCCAACAUUUCUGAUUGCAUCUCACUGGCAAUAAUUUAAUCACACCUGGCCACAGGAAAAGAGACUAGGAAAUAAUCUUUAUUCCAGGUAGCCAUGCCCCACUAGAAGUCGGGAGUUUUGUAUUAAGGAGGAUGAGGAAACUGCAUAUUGGGAAAAACAACCAUAUGUUUUUUAAAAUGCAAGGGAGCUAAAUAAAUUUAUGAAUAAUGAUAGUCAUUGUAUUGUUUUUUUGUUGUGUAACAAAUAACAAUAAAUUUAGUAGCUUAAUACUGUUAGGCUGGAGAAAGGAAAAACAAGGACAUGCUAACAGAACAGAGAGAUGUCAUAGGGGGAGAACAGACCAGACCCCAAAAUCCGUGCUGUAUAUGGAAAGGGGACAGCUCUCCCUGAAUUCCAUCCUGAUGUGCCAACUAAGACCCGGAUGUCAGCCUCCUCCCUCUUGGAAGGAAAAAAAGUUUCUAGUUGUCUAUUAUGUCACCUUUAGCCAAUCAUACCUCUCCACACCCCUUAGGAUAGCUUGCCCACUCCUCCCCUUCCUAACCCCUUAUAAGCCCCCCACCUCCCUAACCGGGCGUGACUUCUCUGGUGGGAGAACAUCACCCGGGGGUAUUUAAAUAAAUUACCUGGCCCUUUGUUGCCUCUCGUUGCCUGCUUAUUACUGCUUAUUAUGGCUAAAAUUUAUCUUACAAAUACAACACCUAUUAUUAUCUCACAAUUUCUGCAGGUCAGAAGUUCAGCAGAACAUGACUGAAUUCUCUCUUUGGGGUUUCAUAAGUCAAAAGCAAGGUAUAGACAGAGCUGCCUUCCUUGCUGAAGGUUAAAAAUCCACUUCCAAACUCAUUCAGAAUUCAGUUCCUUAUGGUUGUAGGACUGAGGCCUCCUCCACCUUUCAGCCAACAAUGUCACACCAGGUCCUUCUCACACUUGGAAUCUCUCUGUCCUACCCUUCUGAGACAGGGACCAUGGGUGUAGUCAGAGUAGGGUGAGGGCCUCCAGAAAAAGCAAGGCAGGAUAUUUACAGUCAGAGCAAUGUAACUACAUGCAAGGAAACCCCCUACCAAAACUCUGUGUUACACCAAUAAGCUCUAGAGUCAUUCUUCAGUGAGAUCAUUAAUAUUCCCCAGAUAAAGAAAAGUAGCACAUGUUUUAUUAUGCUAACUGUGGGUAAAAUUGAAAUAUUUCCAGAAUUUCUCGCCUGGCUUUGGUGCAUCUGCAUAUCAACAGGAGUACAGAGGUGUAAACAAGUAGACUUUUGUGCAUUUGCAUCUUUCCUCAGUGGUGGAGAAGUUCAUCUCCAUAGCAGUGGGUAAUUACCAGGGCAACAGAGGGCUUAUCUGUACCUGAGAGGUGAGGGGGAGGGCCAGUGUUGUGGCUUCUGGAGCAGGAGAGAGAGAUGAGUCAGACUGCAGUUUUGUAAGCAAUAAAUGGGUUUUAAACUUUA